CCCUGACCAAUGCACGUUUGUCCAACUUGAAAUAUUUAGGGAGGUUAAUGUGCACGAUGGCGGUUGCAGGACGAGGCAUGGAGUGGGUAGAAAUAAUCGAGCCACGGACGAAGGAGCACAUGUACGCAAACCUGACGACCGGAGAAUGCGUCUGGGAUCCUCCUCCUGGCGUCCCUGUAGCUGUUCGCAAUGAAGGAGACGGAUUUGGAUUCUGGUAUGUAGCAGAGCCGCCCCCAUUCUUCCUCGUGAAGGAUUGCCUUGCGAAACGCACAGAUGACAACCAGUGGUGGGAGCUGUUCGACCACAACACAUCUCGAUUCUAUUACUACAAUGCUAGCAAUCAGAAGACAGUAUGGCAUCGACCCCACAACUGUGAUAUCAUCCCUCUGGCUAAGCUCCAGAUUCUGAAGCAAAACACAGAAGUGAGAGGAGAGGAGAUGCAGGCUAAGAAUCCAGUGUGCAAGGAAUCAAUUGCUACUCAGACUCCUUCUCAUCCACUCCCUCCACGAAGUUUCUCGAGUACAAGCUGCCGAGAAGAGGGAAACAAGAAGAUGGUAGACAGUGAGACACAGACCUCUCCAGCAAGUUCUCCAAAGCCCUUACAGUGCUCCAGGACUUCCCAUCAUCAUCACCAUCAUCAUCACAGGCACCAACCGCAAGCACCACCAUCUUCUUGGUCUAGUCGUAGCUCAAAGAAUCAGGAUGUGGGUCGAUUGAGUGACUCCAGUUCCUACUCCCAGAGCCAAACAUCUUUGGAUAGUGGAGGGUGCCGCUUCCUAGAUCCAGGUCCUCGAGGUCAUAUCCAGACUUCUCAUUCAUCCAUUGACAGUGUGUCUCGCCUGAAAGCAUGUGAAUUUGGCAAGAGAGAUGCAGUGACAUCCUCAAGAUCCAUUGAGUCUCCAUCCAGUUCCAAUCACAGUUCUCCUAGUCAUCACUGCAACAGCCGAGGUCCUCCUUUGGAUGAACCCCCACUUGAAUUCCUAGCCAGCAGCACACCUGCCUUCCAUCGUAAGCACUCAGAACCAGGAAGAGGUGCCAGCUUCCGACUUCUUGAUAAAGACCCCAGACGCCGAGGAAGUCGUGAUGAUCGCCCUCCAGUCAAAGAAUCUUCAUCAGUGAUACGUAGCUUCAGCUUCAUGUCCCGCAGGGAUGGGUCCUUAGAAAGCAAUGCUUCUUCUGGUCAUAGUGGGAUGCAUUCUGUAGAGUCCACUCCUCAGCCACGUCGACGUCACAAGUUUCUUGAUUUUCGCAACCUCACCAAGCAAUCUUCUGUUGAAUCACCCACAAAGCAGAGUUCAGUGGAUGGUCUGGUGACACCCAUGCUCAAUCGGAGGCAAAAAUCUCUAGAUUUAGUGAAUCUCCCUAAAGGGAAGGAGAACUUCAGUGUCUAUAAUGUGAUCCGUAAACGGGAAAAAAGUGCCAGUGGUGCAAAGUCUCACCAUCUAUCUGAUUCCUCUCCAAGUCCACAGAGCCCAAAGAACUCCAAUGACAUCUGUUCCCUGUUUGAUGUGACAGCAUCUUCCCGUGGGGUUGACAGUGGGAAUUCUACCUUGAAUCAUGAUGCCUCACAUGGUGCUCCAUCACGGGACACAUCCCCACAAUCACAGGAAGACUCUGGUCUGAUGUCAGCUACAACAGAAAGCCGCGGUUCUAUUGAUUCUGUGCCAGCCUCACGCUCCAAACAACCUGAGUGCAAGUCCUGUGCCAAAGAGUCUAAGUUAAAGUCUUCCAGUUCAUUCAAUUUUGGCAAGCUUGGAAAAGACACUAAAGAUCGAUCCCAAAUGGAAAAUCAUACGGGAGGGCUGGAUGAAGAGGAGAGGCAAUUGUAUGGAGAUCCUCUAAGCGAUGACAAUGAUUCCCUGGCCUCAGAGAAGUCAGAGGGGAUUCAUGGUGGAAGUGAUGAUGAAUUUGCUGAUGAUGAAGGGAUGUCCCAGCCUGAUUCCUCAUCCCAGGAAUACCUUGAUGAUAGUGCAUAUCCUGAAGAUGAACGAGAGACUUAUGCUCACUUCCAACAUUCAUUCAACUUCUCUAAACUUCAGCCUGAAUACCUUCGCUUCCAUUGUGGCCCAAGUGGAGUGUAUGACAAUACUGGUCCAUUGAUCGGUGGGAACUCAGGGAUUCUGACAUCACUGACAACAGCUGGUGACUCUGCUUGUAUAACACCCCCCUUUCCUCGUGUUCUCCUUCCAUCCCCCUCAUCCCGAUCCGGUGCUUCUCUUCGAUCGGACCUCCCUCGUGCUCAUUCUGCUACUUCAUGCAAUGAUCCUCACAUUUAUUCUCCUGUCCUCGAAUUUUCUCAGACACUAGAAAAGCCAAGUCAUGAUCACAUGGAUGGCAGGACUAAAGGGCUUCGCAGCUCUGCCAUACAGGAGGCUACAACAAGUCCAACAGAUGCCAUUGUCCCUGACAACCUCAAUGUGUACAAGAAGGGCCUGUUUCGUAAGAAUGUCUCUCCUUCAGAGCUUUUGUCAUGGAGCAAAGAACCCAUAUCUCAGCCUUUGUUGGUGACUCCUGAGAGGCAGCUGCGCAAGGCUAAGCGUGUCAUCUUCAAGCUAAUACAGAUCUAUAUGGGAGACAGGAAGGCAAAACACGGGAUGACCCUGAGUUCAGUGGCACAUGAGAUAGUACUUCAGGGUUAUAGAGUUGAGGCAUUACGAGAUGAGCUCUUUUUGCACAUCUGCAAGCAAACCACUGAUAAUCCCCGAAGGGAGAGCCUUAGGAGAGGAUGGGAACUGAUGGCAAUCUGCCUUGCCUUCUUUCCUCCAAAGAAGGAGUUCAUUCCCUACCUGAAGUGGUAUGUUGAGAAGCACAGGCAUCCUGGUUUGAAGAUGGACAACAUCACCAAAUGGCCCAUUCACGUGCAAGUGAGUCAUUAUGCAGAUGUGAGCCAAUUGCGCCUGGAGCGCAUCACAGCCAACUCUGCACGUCGGGAGUACCAGGAACCAACAGUCAAGGAUGUUGAUCGCUCAAGGGUUCAGAUUUUCCGGCCAACAAUGUUUGGGUGCAGCCUUGAAGAAGUUAUGUCCCUUCAAAAGGAGCGUUUCCCAGACCGACAUCUUCCAUGGAUUUUGACAACACUUUGCACUGAGAUACUUCGGCUUGGAGGCGCCAAGACUCUGGGGAUUUUCAGGGAAGCACCAGAUCAUCGAGAGUUGGAAGGUGUUCAUGAAGAGUUGGACCUGUGGCGUAUCCCUAACUGGACCAAUCCUCUUGUUCCAGCAGCAAUCCUCAAGCGUUGGCUUCAUGAUCUCCAUCCACCACUCAUUCCUUUAGCAAUCCUCAAGGAAUGCAUCAAGAAUGUGGAUUCACCACCACAAACGUCUGCUGCAACUCCUACCACCACUUCAGAUCUUCCGAUUUCUCCCCCCCCAUCAUCUGUUGUACUACUUCAGAAACACAUCACACCCUUGCAUCGGCUGGUGCUUGGCUACCUCAUCUCUUUCCUUCAGACUUUGUGCCAAGCAGAGAAUGUGCAACAGAACCGGAUGACUUCAUACAACUUAGCUGUGGUGUUUGCACCUAAUGUCACUCGGUCAGACACAGUAGAUCCUCUGGAGCUCCAGGAUGAAAUCAUUCGCACGAAUGCCUUCUUUGAAGCCCUCAUCAAGCACAUGGACACUGGAUUUGUCAAAGGACUCCUGUAAUCUAAGGCCUCCUGCAAUUCACAUCACUUCCUCAGGCGAAGCUUCAUAUCGGGCCUUGUGUCCACCCUCCCUAGUCAAGCCUUUGAAGCCUUUGCUUGUUCUAGUAUUUGAGAAUAUCUGUGACUGUGAAUCUACCGCGUUUUUGUCAUGGGAGGUAUUUAUCUCAAUAUGGUGCUUUUUAGUUGUUUCUGUUGCUUUGGCAGCUGAAGAAUGCUCAUUACAUUUCUCUAUCCCUUUUCUAGUUGCCUCUCUCAAUGUAAAUACAAAAAAAUACGGGAGUGUACAAACAGCUUCGGUUCAUGAAGGAAGUAUGGUAUGGUUUUAUUUAUUUUCGAGACUCGUCCAGAGUCCAUGAUGUGAUUCAGACGUACCAGGUCCGAUGCGAUUCCUUUCCCCGAUCAAUCCCUGUCCAAGUGUAUUUGAUAUCCACUGCAAUAAAGAG